AGCCGUCGAGGGGCCCCGCGCCGGCCGCGCGGCCCGGGCGGGAUGCCUCGGAGGGCGAGGUGCCUGGGCAUCGGCUGCGCCGCCGCCUUCGCGGCGGGCGGCGCCCUGCUCGUCGCGUGCCUCGACCCCGCUGCGGACCGCGUGUGGUCCCUGGGCGGGCGGGCAGCCCGAGCCCGGGAUGGGCGCGCGCCCGCGACUGGGGCUGCGCUGCCUGGAGCUCACCGCGGCGCCGCCCCGGAGCCGAUCGGGCCCGCCGCUGCGGCCCGGGGCUCCGGCGCGCUCGCCGGGGCCGUGCUGGUGGCUGCCCUCAUGACCCGCGUGGGCGGGUCGUCGUCCAUCACCACCCACCAAACCACCCCAACCCAACCAUGACUCGUAGAGCUUCCCUAAGCUAGUUGCUGGAAGCUUAAGAGUAAUUCCGGCGCGCUGGAGAGCUAGUUGGCAAGAAAAAUCUCGAC